AUGUGCUCUCCUGCCAGUUCCAAAAUCCUAUACAGGAAUCCCCGGUUUCUCCGGUUAGCUUUUCUGCAGCUUCAUCACCAGCAACAGACUGGUGUGUUCUGUGAUGUCCUUCUGCAGGCAGAAGGUGAGGCAGUCCCAGCUCAUUGCUGCAUCUUGUCAGCCUGCAGCCCCUUCUUCACAGAGCGCCUGGAGCGGGAGAGGCCAGCUCAGGGUCGGAAGGUGGUGCUGGAGCUGGGGGGCUUGAAGAUCAGGACACUCAGGAAGCUGGUGGACUUCUUAUAUACCUCAGAGAUGGAAGUAUCUCGAGAAGAAGCGCAGGAUGUGCUUUCUGCUGCCCGUCAGCUCCGUGUAUCUGAGCUAGAAUCCCUUCAGCUAGAGGGUGGGAAGUUGGUGAAGGCUCCCCAGGGCCGAAGACUGAACAGGGAGUGCUUACAGCCUCCAGCGGCUGCACCAAUCUCUGCCAGGGUGGUGGCAUCCAGCCGCCGCCCUCGGACUCCACUGCCUGUGACCCAGACUCCUUGCCCUCUUGGGCCAGUGAGAUUGAAGUCUUCAGGGAAGGAGGAGGGGCCCCUAGAGAAAAGCAACCGACAGAAUGCAGAGAACUUGUCUGGCAGCCUGCUCAAGAAGAAGGUCAGAGCUUGCCCAACUCCACAAGAAAAAAGCUCUUCACCAUCAAGCCACAGUCAGGGACCAAGAGAGAACAAGAGUGACCCUGCCAUUGUUCCUACAGCACUUUCUCCACCCAGUAUGUACCCUUCUGUGGAUGAGCGGCUAUUGCCCAGAAAGAUCAGACUGAGUCGCUCAAAGCCGUCUCCUAGUAUCUGUACAUCCAAGCCUUCUAGCAUGGUAAGCAGACCCACCUCAGUACCCACAGCCCCUGGCCGGCGCCUUUGGCGGCAGAAGAGUAUAAAUAAAGUACCAGAAGACAAGGAGAAACCAGGGAGAGCUAGUCCUCUACAGAGCAUCCCAAGCCCAUCUGGCCUUGGGAAGACAGGUGGGAGCAAGAAGCGGAGCCCUGAAGUCAGGGCACCGAACCCAGACUCUGUAGAAGAGGGGCAAGUUGGAAGAGUGAAACUUCGGAAGAUUGUCAAUGGAACAUGCUGGGAGGUGGUACAAGAGCCUCCCCUCAAAAACUCUCAAGACAGCCCUCAGAUCCCAGAAGCUCAACACUCAGAAGGGACUGCAAGUACUCAGCCAUCCUCACAUAAAGAGCAGGGACUGUCAUCUGCUCAGGUAGAACUAUGUCAGGAUUCCCCCUUGUGCUCUAGACUCCAAGACAUUCUGCUUUCUGCUAGCCGCUCCCCAGACCACCCAGUGGUGAAGUCUGAGUUCGGGUCCAGUCCAGAACUGAUAGGGAAGGAACCUGGGUUGGAUAUAGACUGCAGAGAGCCUUAUGCAUUUGACACAGCCCUGCUGGGGCAGCCCUGCGAAGCCGAGGAGUACCGCAUCACGACUGCUGCUGCCACCAGCGAGCUGGAGGAGAUCCUGGACUUCAUGCUGUGUGGCUCAGACAUUGAGCCCCCCAUAGGGUCUCUGCAAAGUCCUGGAGCAGAGGGCUGCAGGACCCCUAGCUAUCACCUGACAGAAACAGGAAAGAACUGGAUUGAAGGGGAAGAAUGGUGUUUGCCAGACUUGGAACUCUGGCCCAGGGAGCUCACAGGACUGGAAAAGGAACCUGUUGGUGAGAACAAAGAGCCAAUUGAGUCCCUUAGCCCCCUUGUCAUACCCUCUGAGGUGAGUGAAGGGGAGGUACUUUCAGUAGGUUCCUGGACUCCAGAUCUGGAAAUUACCAGUUCCCAACCAUUGGAUGGUCGGAGAGAUAAGCUUCAUAUUGACUCUCUUGACCCCCAAAGGUCCUAUGAGGACCUCUCACCUCCCUGUUCAAACUGGAUGGACACUGGGCCAGAAGUGUCCCUAAGUAUGGAUGAGGUGUUGUAUUCUGCUCCAGAGGCGAGCAAGGAGGUACCUGACAACUCUGAGUUGUUGGACCCGCUUCCUGCCAGCUCCGAAGAGGAAGAGAUUGAUGUGGUGGACUGGACAUCAGAGGGGAGGCUGGUGCCCACUGGUAUUCCCUCUGUGUGGCCCGACCCUUCCUCAGAGUCAGACACAGAAGUGGACAUACUAACGUAG